AUGGAAGAAUUACUAUCGCAGCAGCGAUUAGCUGUGCGCUCUGUCACACGCGCAUUGGAAAACUUUAAGAAGAUCGGCCGUGCAAAUCACACCUCCUGCACGCACAACUGCUCAAAGUCGACCACCAAGGAACAAAAGGAUACCGAGAAAUACUUCAAGGAGGAUGUCUACAUCGAAUUGGAGGACGCCUAUCUCGCAGCAUCGGACUACAUCUCCGACGCCCUCGCCUCUCUCGAAGCAGAUCAAGCGCCAUCAAGUCCAGGGUUAUCCGUGAGUCAAUCACAGAAAUCCGAAAAAUCUCUUACAUUACCGCGCAUUAAUUUGCCGAAAUUCUCCGGCGAUUUACGGGAACGGGAAACGUUUCGCGAUCAAUUCCGCUCUAUGAUUAUCGAUCAUGCCGAGUUGUCGAAUGUUACGCGCUUGCAAUACCUUUAUUCAUGUUUAAAGGACGAAGCACGCGACGCGUUGCGUAAUCUCCCUUUGACCGAAGCUAAUUUUAAAAUCGCGUGGAAUGUACUGCUCGCGCGUUACGAUGAUAAACGUCGAUUAGUGUCGGAACAUAUUCAUACGCUUCAUACGCUACCGGCCGUUAAUACCGAUUCCGCGCAGGAUCUUAUGUCGCUUCGAGAUAAAGCUAAUAUGUCAAUUCAAGCGUUAAAAAAUCUCGGUCGUCCAGUUGAGUGGUGGGACGAUUUGCUCGUCUAUCUAGUCGUGCAAAAAUUAAAUAAAGCCACGCGUAAAGCAUGGGAAUUACAUUUAGGCGAUAAAACGGAAUAUCCGUCGUAUACGGAUCUUCAUAACUUUCUCGCAUCGCGAAUUCGAGCGUUCGAAAAUAUUCCAACGACCAGUACGGUCGAAACAAAACCGAGCAAGUCGUCCGUGCAAAGUCACAUGACGACCGCUACCGGAGCUCAUUGUCCGCUCUGUAAACAAGAUCAUUUCUUGUCAGUAUGUCCUGAUUUCAAGAAGAAACAGGUUAACGAGCGUCGCGAUCUUAUUGUCAAAUUUAAACGAUGUCUCAACUGUUUAAGCGCUCGACAUUUCGCGAACACAUGUCCGAGUAAACAUAACUGUCGUCAAUGCCAACAAAGGCAUCAUACGAUGCUUCACGAAGCGACGACAUCAAGCGCGACCGAGAAUUCCCUUGAAUCCAACGAAACGAAUACGUCAAAUGAAAACAACGUCGUUUCACAUUUAAUUACGAAAACAACAUUUGACAAAUCUCGUGUUCUAUUAGCUACCGCGCGGAUUCAGGUGUGUUCUUCGUCUGGUCGCACAGAUGUCAUACGCGCAUUGUUAGAUCAAGGAUCUGUCACUAGUUUAAUUAGUGAAAAUCUCGCUCAACGGCUACGGUUAUCGCGAACACGCGUUGCUGUCUCGGUUACCGGAAUCGGUGAAACGCAAUCCGUCGCACGACAUGCUGCUCUUAUUUCGGUAUCAUCUAAGACCGGCAAGGGUCCGUCAUACUCAACGACCGCAAUUAUUAUGCGCUCUCUGACUAAAUACACGCCGCCUAAAAUAGCAUAUCAAAUCUCUCUCGCUCAUUUAAGCGGCCUACCAUGGGCUGAUCCGCAGCCCUCAAGUGCCGAUCCGAUCGAAAUAAUCAUCGGCGCUGAUCUAUACGGUGCUGUUCUGUUACCGGGCCUGUGCUCAGGUUCCUCUAAUCAGCCAACAGCACAGAAUUCCAUAUUCGGCUGGAUCAUGGCUGUUAAUCAUACCACGUUGCACAACAAUCUCGAUGACGAAAUUCGUCAGUUCUGGGAAGUCGAAGAACUUCCGCAAUUAUCAUACCUCACUCCUGAGGAACAACGUUGUGAGGAACAUUUCCGAGAUAUCGCAUCCGAAUAUCGAGAGUUCCUACUGGAAUACGAAAAUCACGGUCAUAUGAAGAAACUAGUCGAACCAGUCUCUGCUUCACAAUCAGUUUACAUCCCGCAUCAUGCGGUGAUUCGCGAGCAUAGCAGCACCACGCGGUUGCGCGUCGUGUUCAAUGCAUCUCAGUCGACAUCGAACGGCUCUUCACUUAACGAUCAUCUCAUGAUCGGUCCUAAGUUACAAACCGACCUUCGUUCGGUAAUUCUUCGAUGGCGACAACAUCGUUAUGUUUUCACUGCCGAUAUCGCAAAAAUGUAUAGGCAGAUUCAAGUCGAUCCGCGAGAUCAAGAUUAUCAGCGCAUCUUAUGGCGCUCUUCAUCAUCCGAAGCGGUGCAAAACUACCGCUUGCUUACUGUUACUUACGGUAUGGCGUGUGCUCCAUACCUCGCUCUUCGUACGAUUCAGCAAUUGACGCAAGACGAAGGCGCUCAAUUUCCUGUUGCUCAAUCAGUUUUACGAAAUCAAAUCUAUGUCGAUGAUUGCAUCUUCGGCGCGGAUGACAAGCCGCUUGCAAGGCAAAUCCGCAAUCAAUUAAUUUCACUGUUACAAAAAGGUGGAUUCCUCCUCCGUAAGUGGGCAAGCAACUGCCCUACGUUACUCAACGACCUACCGGUCAAUGAAAAGAGUCUAAAUCAAGGUAAAAUUCUGCAAAGCGACGAAAGUUUCAAAGUCUUAGGCGUCACGUGGCUCCCAGCUACCGAUGCAUUUCAAUUUUCAAUCGAAGUUACCACGUUGAUCCCAGAUUCUAAACGGAAAAUUCUGUCUACUAUAGCAAAAUUAUUUGACCCGCUCGGGUGGCUUGCUCCGGUCAUAAUUACUGCUAAAAUUAUCAUGCAACAAUUGUGGGCUACUAAGAGUACGUGGGAUGAUCCAAUUCCACCCCCUCUCAUGCAAAAAUGGCACAAUUAUCACACGCAGCUAAUUAAACUGCGUAAUAUCUCUUUGCCACGAUGGACUGCCUUCGGUUCCGACACAAGUCACUGUGAGCUUCACGGCUUCGCUAACGCAUCGUCCGUCGUAUACGCCGCUGUCAUAUAUCUUAAAGUUAUCUCGCUUAUGGGAUCAGUUACUGUUUCCCUAUUAAUAGCAAAAUCAAAAGUCGCGCCUCUUAAGCCCUUGACAAUUCCAAGACUCGAACUAUGCGCUGCUGCGCUUUUAGCACGAACAAUGUCAUUUGCCAGAACGACAUUAGAACUUUCGACAAUUCCAUGUCAUUGCUGGACGGAUUCAACCGUCACUCUCGCAUGGCUACUCCAAUCUCCAUCUCGAUGGAAAACGUUCGUCGCGCAUCGCGUGCACGAUGUGCAAACUCUAAUACCUGAUGCCACGUGGCAUCAUGUUCCGACUCAUCAGAAUCCCGCGGAUCUAGCAUCACGCGGAGUUACCGCUUCCUCGUUCGCGGAGAGCUCACUGUGGUGGCAAGGCCCCGAGUGGCUCAAGCUUCCUUCAA